AUGUUCUGUCAAAGUCCUCUGUACGCGUCGAAUCCUUCGUCUGCUUCUCGUGCUGCCUGCUCUUCGUCAGAAUCCCAUGGUAUGGAUCGUUCUUCCAUUACAGAUGACUCGGAGAUCAAAGGGGGAGAUGGUGGGCAAGAAAGAAGGGUUGUUGUGUCUAUUUCUUGGAGAAGGAGGGGGUUAAGAGUGUAG